AUCGAUCAACAAACAUUCGCCAGUGAAACCAUCCACCAGCAACAUGAAAGUGAUCAACCUGUGCCUCCUGAUCGUGGCCUCGGCCAGCUUCAUCCUGACCACCGCUAACGCCAAUGCCUUGGGUAACUACGAGAAAUUCGAUGCCCUUGAGGCCUUAGCUGCUCUUGACACCUUCACCGAUGCCGAGCUGGAGGAGAUGAUCGCCUAUGAGCUGAACGCUAUGGAGGAAGAAUUUAUGGGCGUCGAGGAGUUCGGCUUCAUCAAUGACUGCCGCAAAAUUCUGUGGGCUGGCUACAAGGGCAUCAACGGCACCAAGUGCAUCGUCGAGGAGGUCGGCAUUCUUCUGCUGACCUGCACCGGGUACGUCGACGACCUGGCCACCUGCACCGGUAACAUUCCCACCGAUGUUAAGGCUAUUUUGAGCAAUGCCAAGCAGAUAAUCGUCAAGAGCCAAAAGAUCCUCAACCUGGACGAGAUCUGUGCCAGCUCUUCCCGAGGCGUUGUCUCCGCUACCAAGAGCUUCCUCCGUUGCACCCUAAAGCUCUUCUAUGCCACCAUGUCCAUUGUGCGCAACAUGAACGUAAUGAUCAAGGACGGACACGCUCUGCCCUUCAAGACUGCCGCCUGUUACGUCGAUGCCACCAAUAAGGUUGUUGAUGGUUGCAACGCUUUCGUGCCAAACGUCAAGACCUGCAUCGCCAGCAUGACGUAAAUUCGUAAAAAAAAAUUUCAAAUAAAACCAUGAGAUUUUGAGCAUAAA